GUGUGUUUGUGUGGAAACAAAAAGAUAAAACACGAAAAUUGCUCGAGAACGCUGCGUUUGGCCCCCAAAACAGACAUUUAUUAAUAAAAAGCGCAGCCAAAUAGUGCGAAUCGAGUAUUUAAAUGCGCCGAAUGAGCCAGCGCGCCGAAAGAGAAGCGGAAACAACGAAACGCACAGUGAUAUAAGCAAAGUACAAAACAGUCGCCGCCGCCUGCCUGCCCAGACAAAGAAAAAGGAUAGGAGGUGAAAACGCACACACAGUAUAAUAGCGUCUAGCUAGCGGCACACUCAGCACUCACGAUGUCAACCGGAAGGCCCAUAAAAUGUGUUGUCGUCGGUGACGGCACUGUCGGAAAGACCUGCAUGCUAAUCUCCUACACGACAGACUGCUUUCCCGGCGAAUAUGUGCCUACAGUCUUCGACAACUACUCGGCGCCCAUGCAAGUGGACACAAUACAGGUCUCGCUGGGACUGUGGGACACGGCGGGUCAGGAGGACUACGACCGCCUGAGACCACUCUCCUACCCGCAGACAGACGUUUUCCUGAUAUGCUACAGCGUGGCGAGUCCCUCGUCCUUUGAAAACGUCACCUCGAAAUGGUAUCCGGAGAUAAAGCACCACUGCCCCGACGCGCCCAUCAUUCUAGUUGGCACCAAAAUCGAUUUGCGCGAAGAUCGAGAGACGCUCACCGGCCUGGCAGAGCAGGGUCUGACGCCGCUGAAGCGCGAGCAGGGCCAGAAGCUGGCGAACAAGAUACGCGCUGUGAAAUACAUGGAGUGCUCCGCCUUGACGCAGCGCGGCCUCAAGCCGGUGUUCGAGGAAGCGGUGCGCGCGGUGCUGAGACCAGAGCCGCUAAAGCGACGCCAGCGAAAGUGUUUAGUUAUGUAAAUAAGGUAGCAUGUUAUUGGCUUUGGCAGAGUACAAAGAUUACUCGGAAGCGACACGUACACCGGCACAACGCCCGCAACACAUAGACACUCACGCAGCGCCCUCAUCGACAAAUCAAUUACAUGUAUUUAUUUAUAAAAAUUUUCCAUAUUCUCGUAAAGCACCAAGUCCAAAACGGUCUCCGGUAAGAAACCCCUCAGAACGAUUAGAUUUCAUAUGAAAUUCUGGGAACCAAAAUGUAUUGCCAUCGGAAUUCAUGUGAAAUCUCUCUUUCGAGUGUUUCUGCGGGGGAUCGUUAAGGUCUUACGAUUCCCUCCCGCAACAAAAUUGAAACAACAUUGUUAACAAAAUCGGAACCACAGAAAAUGAUAAAUCUAAUGCAGAUACAUAUGUAGAAAUCUAGUCAAUUGAAUCGAAUGUAUUGUACUAAUAGUAUCAAUCAGAAAGAGAAAAUUAUAAGUACCGCAGCCAACUCACAGCUAAUCAUUGGUUUCGCAUAUCACGAGCACCUAUGCAUUUCCUAAUUUCCCAUUAAAUGUAUUAUAGUUAUGUAGCCAUGAGCUAACGCAGCCAAUCCCAAGCUUACCAAAUCUGAAACCAGGCCAAUUCACUUGACGACGACGACAAGCUCCUAGAGAAAGCCACUUUUUACGAUAUUCAAGCAUGCGCAUUUUUUUUACUCUAACUCGACCCUUGAAUCAUAAUCAUAAUCACUUGAAGCUCAUUUGACCAUGUCUUUUGAAAAUGUAACAACUGUUGUUUAUUAUUUUAUAAUGACUUAUUUAUUACCCUAACUUUAAAAAAAAAGAAUUGUAUAAACAACUUUUACGGCGUAAGUAUAGGAAAAGGAUUAUGUAAAUGGAAAGGCAACAAACUGCAUUUAAAUGUGACGCGACUCGAAUAAACGAAGAAACAAGAAUCAAAAACGAAUACAAAACCUAAUGAAACCAAGAAAAGCACACAAUUUUCCAAAUAAAGAAAAGCGCAAUGAGCACGAUGAUAAAGUAGAGACGUAACGAAAUCCCAGGACAAUUUUUGUACUAAUUAUACAACAUUAUAUACCUAAAUAAAUCAAACGCAAGUCUUAUGUAAAUGAAAUGUAAACGAAGGCCGUUUGGCUCCAGAGAUGUAGCAGCCGUAAAACUGAUUUAAUACUUACGAAAAUAUAUACUGUAAUUAUUUAAAGAAA